AGUGCAUGAAAUAUUUUUUGUUCACUGAAUGUUUUUUCUGGACUUUUAUGUGUAGGAAAUUUGAAAUGAGCACAAGUGUUUUGUCUGGCUUUGUUGUUUUGUUGUGUCUCGUCAUGUUUGGAGAGGUUCGAUAGGUGGCAGUAAAGCUCCCUCCGGCGUUAUCAUUGUUCACACGACACCACAAAAGUAGCAUCCGAAGUGAUGGAGGCGGCAACAGAGGAAAUGAUAAUAAAUGAAUUAAUGAUAAUAAAAUAAACUCAUUUAAACAUUGCCCUAAAUUCGACAUCGGAUUAUAUUCGACAGAUAUACGCAUAUUUUCGAUUAAUCUCUGACAUGUAGCGAACACCCAAGUCAUGGGUUUCUUGUUUUGCUAGCCGCAGCUGUUGAAACGGCUCGCCUCUGUCAGCAUCACAAAAGCAGUUGAACCUUGAAUCAUCAGAAUGGCUCACUGGAGCAGGUUUGAGAAGGAGCUGGAGCUUGAGACCAGGAGACUCAUCUCACAUUAUACUUCCAUUCAGGAUGAGGAAGAUCAGAACUUCCAAAUGGCUCUGAAAUUUGCCUGGUCUAAUUUCAAGUUUCAUCGUUUCCUUGAUGCCAACAGACAUAAUGUACAGCGCUCCAUUAAUGGGAUUCAUGAGAAACUUAUGGUCCACUCUGACUUAAGUAAAGCAGAGAGUUGGUUACGGCUAACUGAAGAAUUUCUCAGUUCUCCUCUUCCUAAUACUGAGGGAACCAAGACUGAUGUCCACUAUAGUGUGGUGGCUUUAUUGCUCCAUCUGUCUGACUCCCCAUCCAACACAAACUACUGCGAAAGACCUAGACUGAAAGAAACGGAGAAAGAAGACAAGUUUGAUUGGGCCAAGUACCUUAUGGAAGGAGAAGAUAUUGAUACUGGACCCUUUCCAGACACUCCAGAGUGGUCUGAGGAUGAGAGUGAAGAAGAAGAUAGCCAGCAGCCCCUGAGCAGAGAGGAUUCUGGUAUACAGGUGGACAGAACACCACAGGAGGACCACGAGCAGAAUGACAAGACUGUCCAAGUCACCUGGACCGUGGGUGAGCCAGACUCCAGGGCUUGGUUGGAGCAGCAUAUUGUCACUUCGUAUUGGGUUCCCAACUCUCCCCGCUUUCCACACAGCCUCCACCUGCACUCCAAUCUCUACAAUGUCUGGGAUCAGCACCUGUAUAACACUGGGCCUCUCUACCUGCCUGAGGAGAAGUCUUUUGUUACUGAGACACAAGUGAUUCGUGAAACUCUUUGGCUCUUCUCCGGUGUAAAGAAACUUUUCAUUUUCCAGCACAAUGAUGGCAAGGUGACUGUGAGGAAUGAUGUGGUGGUCACACAUCUAACUAAUAACUGUCUUCACUCUGUACUGGAGCACAUAGCAGCCUAUGGGCAGGCCGUUUCCCGACUGCAAAAGUUUAUUGAUGAAGUGACCGGCCACAGUGCAGAGCCCUGUCCUCCAGGUCUUAACUCUUCCUCCUCCUCAUCCUCCAAGAAGAGCUCUGAUCCUCCCUUUAGGACCUACCAAGCGUUUGUGUGGGCCCUGUAUAAAUACUUCACCAGCUUUAAAGAAGAGCUCAAUAAUAUCGAGAAAGACAUUAUUGCCAAAGAUGAGACAGUGACGCUGUCAUCUGUGCUGGAACGGCUCAGUCCUCAUCUGGCUCAGAUCACCAUGCUGCACAGGGUUUUCUGCACAGGAGUGGCUGAUGUGCCGCCCGGAACGCCCAAUGUAUUACGAGCCUCACACUUACUCAACACGCUCUACAAGGCCAUAAUAGAGUAUGACAGCGUGGGUGAGGCCUCUGAGCAGUCUGUGGCACUCCUUUUCUCUCUCUGGGUAGAAACGGUCAGGCCAUACCUUGAGAUUGUAGAUGAAUGGAUUGUUCACGGUCACUUAUUUGACCCUGCUAAAGAGUUCAUAAUUCAAAGGAACAAAGAUGUACCAGUAAACCACAGGGACUUCUGGUACGCCACUUACACGCUGUAUAGUGUGUCUGAGACGGUGGAGAGCGAGGAGAGGCUCAGCGACGCUGCCAGUGGAAGCUCUGGUGGAGAGCAGGCAUCCAGCAGCAGACAGCACACCAUGGUGUCCUUCCUCAAGCCUGUGCUCAAGCAGAUCAUCAUGGCUGGCAAAUCCAUGCAGCUGCUGAAGAACCUGGACAGCAAGGAGACAGAGCAGCCGGAUGGCUCCUCCAGAGAUGCCGAAAGAAAGAGUCUGUACACACUCUUUUUGGAAUCAGUGCAGACACGACUUCGGCAUGGAGAAGACUCACCCACCAAUACGGUUACCGAGCAACAAGCCACUAAGAAGAGUCUGAUCAAGAUGCAGUCCAUUGUAGCACGUCAUCUGGAGCUGGACGACAUCCAUGACCCCCUACUGGCCAUUAAUUUUGCAAGGCUUUAUUUAGAGCAGAAUGACUUCCAUGAGAAAUUCUCUGGCGGCAAUGUGAUUUUGGACCGCUCCUCUGAGUCUGUGACAUGUCAGACGUUUGAGCUUACUCUCCGUUCCUGUUUGUAUCCACAUAUUGAGAGGAGAUACAUCGAAUGCUGUGGGAACCUCAUGAGAACCCUGAAAAAAGACUACAGGCUUCUUGGGUACUUGCAGGCCAUGAGAAAAUACUUCCUGUUGGAGGCUGGGGAUACUAUGUAUGAUUUCUACACAGCCAUCUUUGACAAAGUUCUGGAGAAGGAGAGCUGGCAGCAGCUAGCAUUUCUUAAUGUGCAGCUUCAAGAGGCUGUUGGACAGCGCCACCCAGAGGACAGCAGCCGGUUGUCUAUAUUUCUUGAAACUAUUGACCCUGCAAGAAAAAAACAGCCAGUGAAUAACCUUGAUGGUCUUACGCUGAGUUAUAAGGUUCCAUGGCCUGUUGAUAUUGUUAUCAGUUCAGAGUGUCAGAAAAUCUACAAUCAGGUCUUCCUACUACUGCUUCAGAUCAAAUGGGCCAAAUAUAGCCUGGACACAUUACGAUUCAGUGAUUUGACAGUAGCUGCUAAGAGGCAAGAAGGAGGCCAGUCCGAGGAAAGCACAGCCAAAGAGCCCAUUAACCAGCAGAUUCACAGGAUGUUUCUCCUGAGGGUCAAACUCAUGCACUUUGUCAACAGCCUGCAUAACUACAUUAUGACAAGGAUCCUGCAUAGUACAGGUUUAGAAUUUCAACACCAAGUACAGGAGGCGAAGGAUCUGGACCAGCUCAUCAAAAUCCACUACCGAUACUUGUCCACCAUUCAUGACAGAUGUCUGCUCAGAGAGAAAGUCAGUUUUGUCAAGGAGGCCAUCAUGAAAGUGCUGAAUUUAGUUCUCAUCUUCUCAGACAGAUGGCAGGCUGGUUUUGGAGCCUGGAAAAUCGAGUCGAUUGACAAAAUGGAGUCGGACUUUAAAAACUGUCACAUGUUUCUGGUGACUAUUUUAAACAAGGCCGUGUGCAGAGGCUCAUUUCCUCAUUUGGAGUCCCUGGCAUUGUCGCUAAUGGCUGGAUUUGAACAGUGUUAACAGGUUGAACAUGGAUUCAAUCCAGAGCACUGAACACAAGACAUAUUAUUUAUUGUACUACUGCAUGAUGGCUACUGUACUGUUCUUGUUUGUCUCUAUCAGGAUAUCUGACGUCAUAGCACAUGAGACAGACAAAAUCACAAUAGCACUACAUUGGUACAAAAGUAGCACUUUGUGUCUGUAAACAGUGAAACUUGUGUUAAAUUGUCUACUCUGUCUACAGCACAUUUGCUGCAUCAAGAUACUUAACGUAAUGUUUUGUGGACAAUCUGACUGUUUGUAUUUCAGCGUUGUUGGCCUGUGUUAGGGCUCAAUAUGUCAGAUGUAAACGUGAGUGUCCUCUACAUGCAGUGGAUAUGUGAAGCGCACAUGACAAAAGCAAUUUCUUUUGCAGGUGAUCUAAUUAUGUAUAUUACAUGCAACAGUGAAAAGAAAACCUUAAAACUCAAGUUUAAAUACUGUACAUAAUAUAAACUAACUGAAAAUUGUACGCUACCAUUUGUAUGCAGUUCAAGCCUAUAUUUGUAUGUGUUGUGGUUGCUUAAGGCCUUUUUCAUUGUGCUGAACGGAUUGCAUAUUUUAAAUUAAAUUGCCAUUACUUUGAGAUACAA